AUGGGUGGCUGCUGCAGCAAGCACAACGUCCUACAUGGGACAGUGGCUGUGCUGCCUAAGGAUUGCAGUCAUGGCUGUGACUCCCCCAGAGGGGUGCACCUGAAGCCGGAAAUGCUGGGGGUGGAGACGCCCUCCGUGCCGGGGGACGUGUCGUUGGCGGGCACCCUGUCCAGCGCGGACAUGGUGCAGCUGGCGAAGCGAUACAAAUCCUGGCUGUAUUUGAACCCGAAGGGCAUCAGCCCUCACUUCGCUUCUGGCCCGCGCAUCGCAAACCGAGCAGUGGGCUUCCCCACAGAGGCCAUCCAGCGGGCGGGCUGCCAGCUGAAGGUCUUAGACUUUUUCCGGCCUCCUGUGCCAGCCAACCAGACGCAGCAGAUGCUCGAAGCAAUGAGUUCUUUGCCCAGACCUUUGAUGGUGCAGUGCACCACGGGCACACGCUCCUCUGCCCUUCUGGUGCUAUGGCUGGCGAAGCGAGCAGGCCACAACCUGGAGGCUGCGCUGCGGGUGGCCGAGGACAUGAAGUACCUGCAGCGUCUCAUGAACUCUGGCUGGGUGCGGAAUUGGCUGCUGCCAGAGCUGCAGGGCUCGCCCCUUUGCCUGCCAUCCGUUGGCUGCCUGCUGGAGCAAUUCUUUGAGCCGCAGAGCUGCAGUUUCAGCUACCUCCUGGCAUGCAAAGCAACCAAGGAGGCAGUGCUAAUCGACCCCCUGCUGAACAGAACAGAGGCAGAUCUUACCCUACUCGAUGAGGCGGGUCUAUGUUUGAAGUACGCGCUGCAGACUCACUGCCACUAUGAUCAUGUGAGCAUGACAGGCAGUGACAUGAUCAAGAAGCUGCGGGCCGAUGUGCUGCUGCUAUGCUCCGCGGCCUCUGGUGCCAAAGGAGACCAGUUCCUAUCUCAGGGCGACAUGGUGCACUUUGGCAAGUACAGCCUAGAGGUGAGGGAGACGCCAGGCCAUACGCCAGGCUGCCUGAGCUUCGUGCUGCGGGGCGACGCGGCCAAGGCAGUGUUUACCGGGGACGCCUUGCUGGUGCGUGGCUGCGGGCGCACUGACUUUCCAGGAGGCCAGGGCUCAGGCGGAGAAGCAUGA